ACUUAGCAGUCUCCGCGCUGAUCCCUCGAAGCGCCGCCGGGCAGUUAACAGGCAGAAAAGAGCCGCCGCCGGGUUCCCCUUCCUCCCUCCCAGUUAGAGGGCGCCGCCGGGAAAAAAAGGCCGCUUGGGCGAGCCUUGCCCGCUCUUCCUUCAUGUCGUCGCCGCCGCCGCAACCGGCGGUCUUCUUCGAGCGGGAGCUGCCCCGGCGGGACGGCUCCGGGAUCCUCCGGCUGACGCAGCGUUCGGCCGGCGGGACAGGCUCGGUGGUGUGGGAUGCCGCACUGGUGCUGGCCCGCUUCCUGGAAAAGAGCGCGGCGCAAACAGGGCAAGACACAGAGCGGCGCGGCGGGAGUCCGGUGGCUUUUCUCCGCCACAAGGCCGUGCUCGAAUUGGGCGCUGGCACCGGCCUCGUGGGCCUCGUGGCCGCUAGCCUCGGAGCAAAUGUUACUGUUACUGAUUUGGAGGAAAUUCAGGAUUUAUUAAAAGUGAACAUUGAGAAUAAUCAACAUCUUGUAUCAGGUUCCAUUCAAGCCAAGGUACUGAAAUGGGGGGAGGAUGUAACAGACUUUCUUCCUGCACCUGAUUUCAUAUUGAUGGCAGACUGCAUCUACUAUGACGAGUCACUAGAACCAUUGGUUAAAACUCUGAGGGACUUGGCUGGCUUGGAUACUUUCAUCCUUUGCUGUUAUGAAGAAAGGACUGUGGGACAAAACCCAGAAGUAGAGAAAAGAUACUUUGAGCUUCUUCAGAGGGACUUUGAAUUGCAAAAGGUUCCCUUGGAUGAACAUGAUGAAGAAUAUCGGAGUGAAGACAUUCAUAUCUUUAUCAUGCAGAAGAAAAAAAUGACAAUCAAAUGAUAAUCCCCCAAAAUGAUAAUCCCCCAGCGAGGCACUACCAUAACGUGGUUGUGGGGCUUGCGUACUCCAAGGAAGCUGAGAAAUACACACCAGAGGCUCAAUCAUACUGGACAGGUCUCAUCAGAGAAGUCAGAUGAAGAGUGACUCUCCCCUUAAAUAAUAUGGAGAGACACAAUUUACAAAAACCUAUACAGGAUCAGUCAUCACCCAGUCAACAAGGACUGUACUAAGGUCUGGAGUUCCUGGAAAUUGCUGACAAAUCGGCUAAAGGUGCAGGCCCAUUGGCUGAGUAACCAGGGCCAGCAGCUGCAGAUCUACUGGAAAAAAAGUUAUCUACCUGUCUCAAGUGUACAAAGACUGAAAAGAAAUAAUCAUUUGAUAUUCCAAAUCAAGGAUACCUGCAAAGAAUACACCAGGUCUGGAAAGAACAAUAUCCAAAAUCAGAAACAACAGAAAAACUCUAGCAGAUCAACCUAGAUUUAUAAUAUGAAAUAAAUUCACAGUAUUUACAGAAGCAGAAUUGAAAGACUUGCAGAGGACUACCCAGGUCAAAGAAAUCAAAGUCUUGCCAGAAGUACUCGUAAUAUUUUCACUUAGCACUAUGUCUUUUUCAACUUUUUCUCGAGCAAUUAAUCCAAAGGACACCAUGUUGGAGAACUCUGAUCUAAAAUGCAUUGACUCUCACCUGGUGACCUUCCACUGUUAGGGAGCUGAUCCAGAGAAACCUGUUCCCAGGAAUUCAGGACUGAUGCCACAACAGACAAGAGAGCUUUUCCAAGUUUGACUGCUGUCCUGUUGGACACAAGGAUUUUAAACCAGUUUGAGUAUAUUCUGGCAGCUCUAUGUUCCUUUAAAAAUCAAAGGAUAUAUGUGAUGGGUUGACAAUCCUGUUGGUAGAUUUAUAGUUCCCACCACCCCUUCUUCUGCUGUCUGUAAUUAGAUUAUUGUAGCACCUUAAAUAAUUAAUAUCUUGUGAACUGGACAGUCCUUUUACUAUAAAAUCUUUUAGGCUUCAAGGAGCUACAAGAAUUAUUAUUGUUUUUCUUGCACAGAAUUAACCAUCUGGAAAUAAGUUAAGCCUGCUGGGUUAAGGAUGUGAUUUUUCAAAUGUCUGCCACACUUGAGUGCCAAAAGCCUCUCCGUUCUCAUAUUCUUGGUGAGACAUAUGAGAAAUUUGGUUCAAUAAUCUUAACAGAAGGCAAUUUUUCAAUACUGUGGGUAAAUCAUACAGGUAGUCCUCGACUUAUAACCACAAUUGACCCCAAAAUUUCCAUGGCUAAGCAAGGCACUUGUUAAGUGAGUCUUGCCCCAUUUUAUGAUCUUUUCUAACAGUUGUUAAGUGAAUCAUGCGGGAUAUUAAGCAAAUCUGGCUUCCCCCAUUGACCUUGCUUGUCAGAGGUCAGCUGAGAAGGUUACAAGCAAUUCCCACAUGACUCCAGGAUAGUGCAGCUGUCACAAAAGCAUACCAUUUGCCAAGCGCCCGAAUUUUGAUCACGUGACCGUGGGGAUGCUGCGAUGAUCAUAAGUGUGAAAAACAGUCAUAAGUCAUUUCAGUGCCAUUGUAACUUUGAACAGCCACUAACAAAUGGUCGGCAGUUGAAGACUACCUGUAGUUCAAUGGUUUUCAAGUAAUGCUUGCAGGAUUUCUGAAGUUAUUUGGGAAAUUUAUCAGAUUCUGUGUCACGCAGCAGCGAAUUACAAUAUCUUCAAAGGUAGAAUGGCUUCUCCUUACUCCCCAAAUCCUGGCUCUCCUUGUAGCAUGUAGCAACAGAAGCCAUCCCUUUGGGAGCAAGGCAUGCUGGUCAAACUCUGGAACAUAAUAAGUUCCGGCAGGGUGCAAUUGUCAGCAGGCAGUUGGGUGGGCAAAAGCCUGCCAAACUGGCAAAAGGUUUGCAAUUUGCUGCCAUAGAUGAAUUACUGCAAUGGCUCUUUACUAGCUUUUGGCCAUCAACACUUGGUAGCAAAGAAAACAUCAAGGGUUUACUGAAUGGAAAAUGUUAGAUACUGCAGAACUGGAUACAUAGAAGUGGCACAUCAGUCUUUCCAUGCUGUGUCCUCCCAAGCUUGCUGGUCUCUGUUUAAUUGGGAAAACUGAGCAACAUGUUAUAUUAAGUGCUACCAGUUAAGUCCACCUCUGAAAUUAUGCAUGAGCUCUUUGUUUACUCAAGCUUUGUUCUCAGCAUAAUUCCAGUGAUGGAAACAUGCAUCAUGCUAAGCCGUAAUAUGAAAUGCUGGAUUUUGGCUCAACAGGAUAUAUGUAAGCAGUUAUUCUGGUUUCUAAACCAUGGUGUAUGACUUAGUGUUUUCUGUGAACAAACUACCAAGCUUAUUUUCCAAGCCAUUAUGAAACCCAGUUUUAUAAUGUAACUUUGGGUAUGUUUCUGUUGUAAAGUAAAAAAAGCAUGUGGUUGCAAUAGUCCAUUUACCACAUUUUCAAACCUCUUAUUUUUCCUUACAAGUGCUUGUCUCUUAAACCCCUUUCCCCAUCUCUUGCUCCUUGGAUCAUGUGACCCCAGACAAAGUUACAUGUUGUGGUUCAAAAAGAAAGACUAAUCAAAUUUGCUGCACCAGCCCGGGUCUCUUAGAGAGGGAGACUGGAAUUCUUUUGAACAGGUAGGGUCAGUGUGACAUAGUGAUUAAGGUGCUAGACCGGUGUUUUUCAAACUUGGUAACCUUAAGAUGACUUUAUUUCAACUUCCAGAAUCCUCAGCAUAGUGGCUGAGGAAUUUUGAGAGUUGGUCCAGAGACCUUAAAGUUGGCAAGGUUGAGAAACACUGUGCUAGAGUGAGAUCAGGGAGACUAAGAGUUGAAUCCUCCCUUAACCAUGGAGAAUAACUUUGGAUAUAUUGCUAUUUUCAGUCACAAUCUGCCUCGCAGGAUACUUUUGGAGAUAAAUGAGAGACUCAGAUAUGCCACUAAGUUCCUGGAAGGAAGCCAGGUUAAUAAUAGUAACUAGCCACAUCUGGAUAAGGAAACAGUAAAUGGCUGAACUUCUUCCAUUAUUUGUACACAAACUCUUUUUGCCAACUUGAAAUGCUUUGCAACAACAAAGUCAUUUAGAUUCAGUGGUUAAAAAAAAGAAAAGAAAGGAAGGUAACUUUGCUAUUAAAAGUGAUUCUAAGGUACAUCUUGAAUGAAAGAAGCUUCCUUUUCUCCAACCCACCCCCAGUUUCCUUCCUGAUCCCAUGAGAUAGUGCUGUCUGCCUUGUCUGUCUGAAUUUGUAUGCUAAGAGAAUGGUGUAACGAUCCUUUCCAUUGUUCUAGGUUUGUUAACAAGGCAUAUACAAGAUGGAGUAAUGGCAAGGCCUAAUCACAGUAAAAUGAGAGGAGAUACGUUUUGACAGAUCAUUAGAUCAAUGUUAAAAUUCACUCCGAUUUUUUGCAAAGAUUUUGCAUGGAUACAGUUGAAUUAUUUAUCAGUUAUUACAUGAUAUCAGCUGACAGGUUUAGUACUAUUCCAAAACAAGGCUAAAAUUUUCAAAACUGUUGGCAGGGGCAUGGAGAGCUGCAACACAAAGCAGCAUAAAAUUGUCUUCUAUAUGUUAUUUGGUAACUAGCUAUCAUCACAGCUGGCCAGCUGCAAUUCUCAGGCUGAGUCUGAUAUCCAAGUGAGAAAUUGGCAUAAGGAUCUGGCAGGUAUAAAGAGGCAGUCUGAUUUGAAAGAAAUGGACUGUCUGGUUUGGUACAACAACCAAACAGGACAGGUACAGGCUCCAAUGGAUAGUUAAAACUGCAGAAACAAUUGCAACCAGCCUGCCUUCCAUAGAAGACCUGUAUAUUCAGCCAUCACUCUGCUGAACACCUAAUUCUUGCAAUACAGUCUUACAUUUAAGUACAUUUACCCAUGUUGUUUGGCUGUAGUAUUAUCCUUUUUAUGUUCUUUAUUACCCCUUCUUACUGAUAUUAUUGUUAUUAUUAUCAUGCUUAUUCUACUCUGUUGUUUGCAUGUACACUGGGAAUUUCUGUACCAGAGACAAAUUCCUUGUUUGUCUAAUAACAUUUGGCCAAAUAAAGCUACCCUAUCCUAUCAUAUUCUGCUCUUGCUACUCAGAAUACCUUUGGAAGGGUUGGAGCAGAAAGAUGCCUGUACCAGCCUAAAAUGGGUUCAGCUAAUAAACUAAUCUCACUCAUAAAAGUCCCCUGACUGUGGCAUCAACAGAAAGUUCAUGAAGCAUGUCACGCUGUAUCCACACUAAAACCUGUGUUGGAAUCAGCAGCAUCUAGAGCUAACUUCAGUAAUACCAAAAUGAUAUAUGCACAGUGACAUCAUUACACAAAUAUACCUACACUUAACAUAAUUUUCAACAUUUAUAUAAUUAUAUAGUCAUUUGUUCCUCUUGCCCCAGUCCUUUGCAUGACCAUGAUUGGAAUAAGAAGGAAAAACAUUCCUUCAGACUCACUCAAAAAGUCAAUCAUGCUGGGAGUGAACAGAAAAAGAAGGGAUCACCCUAGUACCCAUUGGCUGAACACUAUACACUAGGAUGACCAUGGCAGAUCUGAAGGAGGCGAUGUGAGACGGGCAUGGAGAGUGCUGGUCCAUAGAGUGGUUGAGGAUCAGACAUGACUGAAUGGUUAACAACGAUGAUAAUUCCUUCAGUAAUGGUACACCUAAGGACCAUCUAGGAUGGGAUUAGAUGAAGGCAACAAUAUGACAAGGUAGAAAUUUGGGCAGAUUUGUGCUGCAGUGAAGAUGCAAAUGAGAAAGAGCUUCUACCCACAUUUAUCUAGUUAAAUUGGCAAAACAGCCCAAGAUACAGCAUUCCUAUGGACAUGAACAUUAAUGUGGUGGAAAGCUAAUGCUGGAUGCAUCUAAUGUGAAUUCAGGACUCUACAUAACUGUGAAGUUCAUUACAAGGCAAAUUUGUAACCCAAAGAUUUGAAUAUUUCCAUUUAUCUUUUCACACAACUGAACUUCUUAAGGUUAAAUAAGUGGAAUUCUACCAAAAACACUAUUUUCAUACAAGGACCUCCACCCUCUGUGGCCCUAUAUUUGGGCAUUAAAGGUGACCUGGAAAAUCAGGCCUGCUUGUUAGCUAUGUAUGACCUCUGCCCCUGUCACCAUGAGCUUGAUGUGGAAAGACUUCUGAGAAUCCCAUGAAUUCACUAGACAAAUAGUAUUGACAAACUAUACAUCCACGUUGUAUGCAGUUUCCUGGCAUGUUAUUGAAGAGGUUUGUUAUUAACUUCAUCUUGGAUGUUUUGUCCAAUCUAGUCAACAAUUCCCAAGUGAUCUUUCUCCAAAUUUUACCCAGGGACAAUUCUGCUUAGUUUCCAAAAUUAGCAAAAUACUCUACCACUUACACUGGAGGGAUCAUGCACAAUCUAACUGCUAAAACAAUAUCUUGGCCAAAGCAUGUAUACUUUGUUGAACAGAAGGAUAGGGAGGGGAGGAAGAGGAGGAGGAGAAGUGGGAUAGAAUGGGGACGAGACGACUCUUGAUUGCUAUAGUCUACAUUCUCCCAAAUGCAGCUUUCUUUUUCAGUAUCAGCUAUCAGUGAUGGCAAUACUACCAACAGCAGGUAUUCACUGUGUCUGACGCCUCUGGUUGAUGUCUGGCUGACAGGAUGCUGAGAUAGCUGGAUCGUUGGCCUGGACCUACCAAGGCUGAGUCCAGUGCUCUUUUCCUAUUUUGUUGCCUUUUUUUAUGGUACAGUAUUCUAUUCUGUCUGAGCUGGAAUUUGCUGUCAGUGCAAUAUUGUUACAGUUCCCUGUCAAAGACGGUUGCAUUAGGUCACCUGAGUAUUGAUAAAGACAAACAAGGGCAAGUGGGUGGGGCAGAUGAAAAAACUUGCUUUGAUUCAACAAGCUGUAUGUAACCUCUCUGAAUUUGCCCAGAGAUGAAAAGGAGCCCCUGAAUUAAGUGGGAUAUGGCCUUCUAAGAAAAGUUUAGGGAACACAGCAGGAUGUUUGGUAAUGGCCAGACGUGGAAAAGCUACUAGUUGAAUAUUAACUGCAUACAACAGUUUUACUCAUCUUGUACCAUUGCACCAUAAAAUUAAAAGCGUAACAGCAACUUUCUAAGUUAGGUUUGCAAUUGCAUUCCACUUUAAAAUCUAACCGCUAAAAAACUGAUCAGAUAUUUGCUUUUUUUGCUCUGCUUGAUGUAAUAGUAACAGCUAAUAGUAGGGGUAUAUAAACACCCAUUAAAAUAAUAGAGCUGGCAUCCUCUGGGGAAUUGGUAGUGCUACUCCUACAGUCUGGAAUUUUCCUUUAUUAAGUAAGAAUAGAGCCCACCCCAUCUGUGCCUGCAAAAGAGACAUGCUCCGGGCCCUACCAGCCAGGAUAGUCCGGCUGGCAGGGACCAGGAGAAGAACUUUUUCUGCCAUUGUGCCUGCCCUUUGAAACAUCCUGCCCCCAAGACUGAGGUUGGCUCUCACCCUUCUUACCUUCCGUAAGAACUUAAAGACUUGGCUCUGCCAGUUGGCUUGGGGCUCCAACGGAGAGAUUUUAUAUUGGCAUUGCUGAUAGAUUAACAACAGAUACCCCCCCCCUUCUCCUCAUAAUUCCUCCCCUCAUCUUUUUAGCAAGGUUGAUUUUUAUAUACUUAUAUUUUUAUUUAUUUAUUUAUUUCAUAUAUUUAUUUAUAUAUUAUAGUUUUAUCUUUUAAUAUUGUAUGCCACCCGGAGUUGCUGUGUGGCAAGAUGGACAGCUAAUAAAUCUUACAAAUUAACAAAUAAAUAAGAAGGCUGCAGGAUUGAUAGAAAGGUGUAGUAGUGCAAUGGCAAAAUAAAUGAACCAUGUUUAUGUGUGAAAACAUCCAGGUUCGAUCCCUGGCAUUCCUUAGCCAAAACCUUGGAGAGUCAUUGGAAAUCAGGAUAAGUGGUAUGAACUGUAUGGAAAAAAGUUUUCCUUAAAUCUGGUUCUCCUUUGCCAUUAUCAGUUUGUGUUUUUAAUAUGUCCUUAACUUAUUUACAACAAUUAUUAGUCUCUGCAAAGCCUUUCAUUGUUUCUGCAGAGAAAUGUCUGUGUAAUAGUAGAGAAUUUAAGUCUUAACUUGAAUCAUUUUGGGUGUGUGCCUUUUGGCAACUAUCUGGACAAGCCCACAUAGUUUUUGUGACUAUAAUUUCAGAAGAGGUUUCCAUUACUGCCUUCUUAGGGAUAAGAGUGAUGACUGGCCAAAGGUAACCAACUGGUUUCAUAUCUAAGGCAGGAGUAAAACUCACAGUUUUUCAGUUGUUACUGGUGCCUUUUAUCACAAUAUUAAUUUCACUUGAAUCGAGAAGUAAUAUAAGACUAUCUUUUGACUCUUUAUUCUUGUGUGAAAAGUGACAAAUUGGAGAUCUAGUAAGUUAGGAAAGGAAAUCUCCUUGCAAGAUAUACUUUUGACAACAAAUGUUCUGGAGGGAAUAAUUUCUUCCAAGCUAAGAAACAAAACUUAUGCAAGCCCAUGCUUUCUAUGUCAAGAAACGUAUCUUCAGUGGAAUGCAAGAGUGAGUUUUGAAAACUUCAUACACACACACACACACACACACACACACAACUUAAGAACAUAUGAGUACUACAUUUAAGAACAUAUGAGUAGGGCCAGAGAUUAUACUGUUCUUGAACAUGAGAAAUUUAAAACUAUCAGGAAAGGGCUUGGUCUGACAGACUUCCAUUUCCCAAAUUGAGCUCAUCUGCCCUCAAAGUCAAUGAACUGAAUAGCCUUACAUUCUGAAGAGGCCCCAUGACAUUCUGCAUAUCUAUUCAAUUUUAACUCUGAGACCCUGAAUUCUGGGGUAAUACCGGUAGUAGAGAGAGUGAGUAACUGGCUCAUCUUUACCAGAAUCAGAAUUCAUGAAAUGACUGCUGAGCUGUUUCUGCUGCUGGCAGCAGUUUAACAUUUUGUUCUGCUUUGUAAGUUUAAAUUGGCUGGUUGAUGGAUGCCUUAAUGUACUGUUAACCUGCCCAGGGCCUUCAGGAUUGAACAGGCUAUGAAUUUAAAGAUUAAUUAUAGACAUUAGAAGACCAACAUAUUUGUUGGAAAGCCAGCCAUUAUCAACCACUGCAGAAUGCUUUCACUGAGGAUAGCAGCUGUAAUCCUCCUGGCAAAUUUGUUUUCAUGCCACGAUGGGUAAGGAAAUUAGUAGUACUUUUGAAACCUCAGUGAUUAUAGUGGAUUUAUAAAAGGGUUUAAUAGAACCAUGUUGCAACAUGAAAAAUAUCUGUACUGUGCUACAGCCAGCUAAUGAGGAAGAACCCAGUUGUUUUCUUGCAACAUUUACAUGCCCAUCUCUUCAGCCUGAAAAUUCCGAGAAUUUGAUAACAGCAGAAAUGGCGCACUGCAUCAGACCAAAGGCCUCUCUAGUGCACCACUCUAUAUCCGCAAUGGUAAACCAGAGGAUUCUGGGAACCCUACAGUACUAUAAACAAAAACAGGACUGCAUCAUGCAUGGAUCCUAAUACUGGAAAAUUAUGCUGGGUAAUUUCAGUUUAGUUUGCACCAAUACAAUGCCUGUCUCCAAAUCAGAGUAAUCACAUACACCCCGUUCUGGUUAGCUAGCAAAAUUAUAGAUUGAUGUUUAUUUAUUAAUCAUCAGCAAACAUCAAAAACAGUUAACUACCAAAACAGUAACAAUUCUGAAGAUGAGGAUUAUAUCUCCAACACUAAGUAGCUGAACUUGAAAGUAGUUUAUAGUCAUCAAGGUGGGUGGACUUAUCUUUCACAAAAUGGCUCAACCUGCUUUUAAAGUCAUCCAAUUGGUGCCCAUAACUAUAUGCCCAAGUAGAUUACCAUCUGGACAAAACAUAACAAGGCACAUUUCCUGAUAAUAAUGCUAGUAGAAUAGUGUACGAAUCCAUCCAAACAUUGUUUGCAAUUUUGAUAGUAUUUUCAAAACUGACGAGUGCACAAAGAUGAUUGUGUGAAAAAAGCUUUUAUAUCAGCCCUUCAGGGUAGAUCCAGAACCAAGGACAUGAAGUAUGUCUAUGAGUUUUCUUUAUUACAGCAUGGUAGAAUAACAAACAAUGCCUGCCCAAGUUUCUCUUUGUCCCAUUUCAUAUUAAAAAAAAUUAUUCUGGGUUUCUUUCUGAUCUUCCUUUUUCUCAAGACUAAGUAAUCUUUCUCAAAGAUUUAGCAGCUCGCUCAUUUCUUCUCUGUCCCUGAGAUCAGCUCUACAUUCCCUCCCAUUAUGCAAUUCAUACUUUUUGCCACACAUUUCAGUUCUUUUGAUUAUGUACCAUCAAACCAGUGUUGACUCUUAGCAACCACCUAGGUAGACAUUGUACAGUUUUAUAAUUAAAUGCACACUUUCACUUCCCUAUAUGUAUUGAUAACAUUUUAACUGUGAUUAAGCAGUUAGAAAAUGUUAUAUUAACAAAUAUAAUGCUUUCUAUGGUGGCCAAGGACCAUAGGAGAAAACAUUUGGUGUAGGGAUUAGGGUUCUGGCCUACAGACUAGGAGACUAUGACUUCUAGACUUGCCUUAGGCAUGAAAGCUGAGUGAAUUUGGGCCAGUUACUCUCAACCCAAUCCAGUUCUCAGUUCAUUAUGGAGAAAACAGGAGGUAGGAAUAUUAGGUAUGUUCAUGCCUUGAGUAUGUGUGUCUGCGUGUAUGUGUAGGAGCGUAAAUGUAUUUUUCUCCUCUUUCAUUUAAUCAUGUCUGAUUCUGACAGACUGCCUUUUUUCCAGAAGUGGUUUGCCAUUGCCUCCUUUCUAGGCUGAGAGAGAGGAAUUGGCCCAGGGUCACGCAGCUGACUUCAUGGGACUAGAAGCUCCUGGUUUGUAGCCUGGUGCCUUAACCACUAUACCAAACUGGUGGCGUGUGUGUGUGAGUAUUUACACUGGAGAAGUGCAGCUGGAUGAUAAUCAAGUGAGGGAAAGCAGUUAGGAUUGAUGGUAUGGAACUCCCUGUGAGUCACAGAGCAGACAUACUGACCACUUAUAAAUACCUUGAUACCCCAAAGUCAUAUGGGAACCACAACAAGGACACAAGGUAAAUAGCAAUAUCCAAGUAUCAUCAAAAAAACAAGACAAGUCCUGAAGAGGUAACUCAAUGGGAAGAACAAAAACCAUGCCAUCAACAUAUAUGCCUGCCAGUUAUCAGCUAUCCUGAUGAUAUAGUGAGCUGGCCAAAGAAAGACCAUCUGCCAAUGUGAAGACACAGAAGCUCCUUACAAAGUACGGAGAUUUCCAUCCCAAGUCUAAAACUCAGAGACUGUCCAUCAGCUCUAAAGAGGGAGGGCAGGGUCUGGUGACUGUCAAAGCCACUGUCAUGAAUAAAAACCAGAGCAUCCAGGAAAACAUCAGUAGGAUGGUACCUAAGCUCUUGAGAGAAUACCUAGAGCAGCAGUAGACAUGGGAAAAAGAUCAAGCAAAGUAAGUGCCUUUACAAGACCCUGCAUAGGAUGUAUCAUUGACAGAUAGCUGAGAUAGUAGACAUUGGGAAACUAGGUAUCACCAUCAGAUAGAUUCAUAACUGGCUGACCAACCACACUCAGUAUGUAGUCCUCAGUGGAACUGCAUCUACAUGGAGGGAAGUAUGCCAUUGGGUACCCCAAGGCUCUCUACUCGUCGACAUCUUCAGCAAUUAUUUGGGUGAGGGAAUAAAUGGGGAAUUCAUUAAAUUUACAGACAAUACCAAGCUGGCAAGAAUAGCCAAUACUCCAGAAGAUAGGCUUAAGAUACAGGAGGAUCUUGACAGACUUGAACACUGGUUGCUAUCUAACAAAAUGAAAUUCAAUAGUGAAAAAAGUAAGGUUCUACAUUUAGGCAAGAAAAAUCAAAUGCACAGGUACAGUAUAGGUGGUACCUUGCUCAAUAGUAGUAACUAUGAGAAGGAUCUUUGAGUUCUAGUGCACAAUCACUUAAAUAUGAGCCAGCAGUGUGUUGCAGUUACCAAAAAAGCCAACAAAGUUCUAGGCUGCAUUAAAAGAGGGAUAGA